CUGUAGUAUGCGAGUAUCAUUUAACGUACAAAGUGAACGAGUCGUAGUAUUUAAUUCAACGCAGGUCGAUGACAGCAUAGCCCUGUCGUCAAAUGGUGAGAACAACAGAGUGCGAUUUGGGUUGGCUCUUACUUUGAAGCACUCGAUCAGAACUCCGAUCUACGAAGCACAGUGAACUGAUUGCUAUUGAACAACUGCUAUUACUGCAUACUAGUCAAUGCUAUACAUUUUUUACUGGUUGCCGAUCUCUAUUAAAAAGCAAUGAGUAUCGAUUAGUUCGCACAAUAGACUCAGAAUAUUGCACAGUAAACUAAUUAUACAUCCAAAGUUAUUCCAAGACUGCGGCAUCUCAGAUCGUUUCCUGAGGCACAUUCAAACAACGCGUGCACAGUCAACAGAAGUCAUGAGCAAAUGCAUGAGUCGAGCAACUGCUCAAGGUAGUGUACUAUAUUGUAUAGCUCCACAGCAACGUACUUUUAAUACACUCACAGGGUACAUUAGACAACCCUCGAGUUCGCAACAUAUCAGAUCUACAUCGAAUAUACACUGCAAGUAUGGUCAUAAUCGGCAAGCUGUACGAAUACGCAACCAGGUUCAAACAAUACACGUACACAAUGUAGUUGAUUCGAGUGGUUGCAUUUGGCCGCAUAGACAUAUCAGCACACAUACACGGCAGAGAACAGCAAUGUAUACAUACACACAAUCCAGAAUGUCAGGUAUAAAUACACAUCGGAGUGCAAGUACGCUCCAUAGCGCAGGUGGACAUGUCGAUAAAUAUACGCAGACUGAUCAACACAGACAAGCUAGUACAGUGUUUGCCCUGUCAUCUGCUCCUGGUAAAUCAGGCGUGUCUAUAAUUAGAUUGUCUGGGCCAUUUGCGGGAGAUGCCGUAGAGGCCUUAACUAGAAGAAAGAGACCGGCGCCUAGAUAUGCUGCGCUCAGGAAGCUUUUACAUCCAGAAACAGCGGAAGUCUUGGAUUCAGCUCUUAUUCUAUGGUUUCAAGGUCCCAAUAGUUUCACGGGCGAGGACGUUGCUGAAUUGCAUGUGCACGGGGGACGCGCCGUAAUCGCGGGUGUGCUGGCUGCCCUGUCUGACCUAGGUCUUUCCUCGGCUGAACCCGGGGACUUCUCUAAAAGAGCGUUCCAUAAUGGCAAACUAGACGCCACCGAGAUCGAAGGGCUAGCCGAUCUGAUCAAUGCUGAUACUUCGGCGCAGAAGAAGCUGGCGUUGCGCCAAAUGGGGGGCGAAAUGCGACGGGUGUGCGAUGGUUUGAUUGAGCGCAUGACGCACAGUCUGGCAGCGGUAGAGGCGUACAUUGAUUUUGGGGAAGAUGAUCUCAUCGAGAGCGAAGUGUUUGAGCAGGAAAAGAUACACGUGAAUGAUUUGAUUCGAGAUAUCAAUACACACCUGAGUAUUGGAAAACGAGGCGAGCGCACACGUGACGGGGUGCGCGUGGCUAUAGUAGGUCCGCCAAACGCUGGCAAAAGUUCUCUUCUCAACGCACUCACGCGUAGGGCUGCUUCGAUUGUAUCGCCUAUACCUGGGACUACGCGAGAUGUGGUGGAAACGCUGUUAGAUUUGGAUGGUUUUCCGGUCGUACUGGCUGAUACUGCUGGUAUCCGAGAGACCACGGAUCAGAUCGAGGCCGAAGGAGUGCGGCGUAGUAUACAGAGGAUAGGUUCGUGUGACAUUCGUGUAUGUGUGCUGGAUGGUACCGAACUGAAUUCCAACCACACCCACAGUCAAUUGGCAUUGGAGUCACUGGAAAAGCAGCACACGGAUGGCUAUGGUGAAGAUGGGCGUUUCAGCACAAUCCUUGUGGUGAAUAAGACAGAUCUAAUGUCAACCGAUGAUCGAUCCGCAGCAGUCGCUGCGCUGCAGAAGCAGUUUGGUACGACGGCGCCUAUCAGUUUCACGUCGUGCCGUACGGAUGGCGCUGAUAUAUCUCAGCUGCUCGAUAGUCUCUGCGAGGCUGUAAAAGAAAGCUGUGAAUCGGCUGUGACUGGCUCGUUGAUGAUCACGCAGAAUAGACAUCGGGAAGCCCUUAUGCAGUGCGUCUCCGCUUUGGAACGAUUCAGUGGCUCUGGCGAUGUAGCCAUCGCUGGUGAGGAGUUGCGGCUGGCUAUACGGCAUCUGGGCCGAAUUACUGGGCGCGUGUCUGUGGAGGAAGUGCUAGACGUGCUGUUCGCCGAUUUCUGUAUAGGCAAAUAGUGUGUCUCGUACUGUGAGAUAGUUGGUAUUUUGGGAAACAUUUAGAAUUUUGCAGCAAUCUAUUGAUCUUAUGUCAGCGGAGGAAGUGCAGAACGUGCUGAUCGCCAACAUCUGCAGAUAUAAAUUUUGGGUGGUACACAGAAGAUAUAAAC